UUCCAAUUCCUCUUCCCAAAUCUCCUUUUACUCAAAACUUCAUUAUUAUUGUAUCUGUCUCCACAGUUCCGCUGUAAUUCUUUCUCCUCUUUAUAUACACAACACACACAUAAACCAUAUCCCACUGCUUUCUCUCUCUCCUCUGUUUUUUCCCCCUCCUCUGUUUCCUUCAUUAAAUACCUUCUGCUGCUAUAAUGUGGAGUUGUUGGCUGAGCCCUCUGUUUUCCACCUCCUUCUUCUUGUGAAAUGGGAGCCUGAGAGAGAAGCACGCCAUAAAUUUCCCUUGCUCCUGAAUUUUCCUGGGUUUUUGGGGUGAGGGUUUUGCUGAAAGAAGAGAAAGAAACUGUGAUGAUAGAAAUUGGAGGAGGUGAAGAAGAAGAUUGAAAGUGAAGCUGCAGACUUUUCUUGGUGUGGCCAAAAAUGGAGACCAAAGGAACCUUGAUUGCCGGCUCUCACAACAGAAACGAGUUUGUUCUCAUCAAUGCCGACGAGGGUUCCAGAGUGACUUCUGUUACAGAAUUAAGUGGGCAGAUAUGUCAGAUUUGUGGUGAUGAGAUUGAGCUUGCAGAAACUGGUGAGCCAUUUGUUGCCUGCAAUGAAUGUGCUUUCCCAGUAUGCAGAACUUGCUAUGAGUACGAGAGAAGGGAAGGGAAUCAAGGUUGCCCUCAGUGCAAAACCAGAUACAAGCGCCUCAAAGGGAGUGCUAGAGUUGAAGGUGAUGAGGAUGAAGAGGGUAUUGAUGAUUUGGAGAAUGAGUUUCAUAUUAGAGAUCAUGGUUACAGUAGAGACCCUAACAACAUUGCUGAGGCCAUGCUGUCGUCUCGUCUCAACUUUGGCCGAUACCAGCAGUAUAGCGAUUCAGGGCUUGGUAUGCCUUUGGAGAGGGAUUAUGCUGGUUCCUUGAAUCCCAAGGUUCCUCUCCUGACUUAUGGUGAAGAGGAUAAUGGGAUUUCGUCUGAUAAGCAUGCCCUCAUCAUCCCACCAUUUCGUGGGAAGCGGAUCCAUCCGAUGCCCUCUCUCGAUCCAUCAAUAACUACAGCUCAACCAAGGCCAAUGGACCCCAAAAAGGACUUGGCGGUGUAUGGUUAUGGAACGGUAGCUUGGAAGGAGAAGAUGGAGGACUGGAAGCGAAAACAGAACGAGAAACUUCAGGUGGUUAAGCAUGAAGGAGAUGGUGAUGGUGGAGAUGACUUUGAUGAUUCUGAUCUGCCUAUGAUGGACGAAGGAAGGCAGCCAUUGUCAAGGAAGCUACCAAUUGCAGCAAGCAGAAUAAACCCAUACCGCAUAAUCAUUAUCCUACGUCUCAUAAUCCUCGGCCUAUUCUUCCACUACAGGAUCCUCCAUCCAGUUAAUGAUGCCUUUGGUCUCUGGCUUACAUCAGUCAUUUGUGAAAUAUGGUUUGCUGUUUCAUGGAUACUAGACCAGUUCCCUAAAUGGCACCCCAUUGAACGGGAGACAUACCUCGAUCGAUUGUCUCUGAGGUAUGAGAAAGAAGGCAAGCCAUCUGAGCUAGCUCCCGUGGACAUAUUUGUUAGCACGGUCGAUCCUUUGAAGGAACCUCCACUGAUCACUGCAAACACGGUUCUCUCGAUUCUCGCUGUGGACUAUCCAGUCGAUAAAGUUGCGUGCUAUGUAUCGGAUGAUGGUGCAGCUAUGCUUACUUUUGAAGCACUCUCCGAGACAGCCGAGUUUGCAAGGAAGUGGGUCCCGUUCUGCAAGAAGUUCAGCAUUGAGCCACGUGCACCGGAAUGGUACUUCUCGCAGAAACUUGACUACCUGAAGGAUAAAGUCGAACCAGUAUUCGUCAGGGAACGUCGUGCUAUGAAGAGAGAAUACGAAGAGUUCAAGGUUCGAAUAAACAGCUUGGUCUCGAUGGCACAGAAGGUUCCUGAAGACGGUUGGACUAUGCAGGAUGGAACUCUGUGGCCAGGAAACAAUGUUAGAGAUCACCCUGGAAUGAUUCAGGUUUUCCUUGGUCAGAAUGGAGUUCGAGAUCUGGAAGGCAACGAACUCCCUCGUCUAAUCUACGUCUCUCGUGAGAAGAGACCGGGAUUCGAGCAUCACAAGAAAGCAGGAGCCAUGAAUGCAUUGGUUAGAGUGUCGGCAAUCAUAUCCAACGCCCCUUACCUGCUCAAUGUAGAUUGUGAUCACUACAUAAACAACAGCAAGGCGCUCCGGGAAGCAAUGUGCUUCAUGAUGGAUCCGAUCUCUGGGAAGAAGAUCUGUUACGUCCAGUUCCCUCAGAGGUUCGAUGGCAUUGAUCGACACGAUAGAUACUCCAAUCGCAAUGUGGUGUUCUUUGAUAUUAAUAUGAAAGGGCUGGACGGGAUUCAAGGGCCGAUCUACGUAGGAACCGGAUGUGUGUUCAGGAGGCAGGCAUUGUAUGGGUACAAUGCUCCAGUGAAGAAGAAGCCACCAGGGAAGACUUGCAACUGCUGGCCAACAUGGUGCUGCUGCUGCUUUACUCUGUGCAAAUCUGGAAGGAAGAAGGGGAAGUCGAAAUCGAAGCCCAAAGAUAAGAAGAAUAAGAGUAGUAAGGAACUUUCAACGCAGAUACAUGCUUUGGAGCACAUUGAAGAAGGUGUUGAAGGAGUUGAUAAAGGAAAAACAAUGGUGAUGUCUCAAGUAAAGCUCGAGAAGAGAUUCGGGCAGUCUCCAGUGUUCAUAGCAGCAGCAGUGAUGGAGAAUGGUGGAGUUCCCAGAGGGGCAAACUCUGCUUCACUUUUGAAAGAGGCCAUCCAUGUUAUAAGUUGUGGGUAUGAAGACAAAACUGAAUGGGGGAAAGAGGUUGGUUGGAUAUAUGGUUCAGUCACAGAAGACAUCCUUACAGGAUUCAAGAUGCACUGCCACGGCUGGAGAUCAGUCUACUGCAUCCCGAAACGGCCGGCGUUCAAGGGUUCAGCUCCGAUCAAUCUCUCCGACCGUCUCCACCAAGUUCUCCGGUGGGCACUGGGAUCGGUGGAGAUCCUGCUGAGCAGGCAUUGCCCCAUAUGGUAUGGCUACGGCUGCGGGCUGAAAUGGUUGGAGAGGUUCUCUUACAUCAACUCCAUCGUCUACCCUUUGACUUCCAUCCCUUUGCUCGUCUACUGUACCUUGCCCGCCGUUUGCCUCCUCACCGGGAAAUUCAUCGUCCCCUCGGUAAACCUCCAGCUCCCUCCCUCCUCCUUCCACUUCUCUUGCAUUAAUGAACUUACCGUACUGACAAUUCAAUCGAAAAACCACCUUCGUCCGAAGUCUAAACCGGUAGAUGAUUUUUAACUGCUUUUCUCAUUGGAAUGCAGAUCAGCAACUACGCGAGCAUAGUGUUCAUGGGCCUCUUCAUCUCCAUCGCCGCCACAUCCAUCAUGGAGAUGCAGUGGGGCAAAGUCGGGAUCCACGACUGGUGGCGCAACGAGCAAUUCUGGGUCAUCGGCGGCACAUCCGCCCACCUCUUCGCCCUCUUCCAAGGCCUGCUCAAAGUCCUCGCCGGAGUCAACACCAAUUUCACCGUCACGUCGAAAGGAGGCGACGACGGCGAGUUCUCCGACCUCUACCUCUUCAAGUGGACUUCCCUGCUCAUCGCGCCGACGACCCUCCUGAUCCUGAACAUCAUCGGAAUCGCCGUCGGGAUCUCCGACGCGAUCAACAACGGGUACGAGUCGUGGGGCCCGCUGUUCGGCAGAUUGUUCUUCGCGAUGUGGGUGAUUGUGCAUCUGUACCCGUUCUUGAAAGGGCUGAUGGGGAAGCAGGAUCGGGUGCCGACGAUCAUUGUGGUGUGGGCGAUUCUGCUGUCGUCGGUGCUGUCGCUGCUGUGGGUGAGGAUCAAUCCGUUCGUCGGCAGAGGUGGGCUUGUGUUGGAGAUCUGUGGGUUGAACUGUGAUUGAGAUUUGAGUGAGUGGGAAUUUUUUUUCCUGGUUGGGGAAAGAUGAACUGUGAAUAUAGGUAAAAACAAAAAGGAAAGGAAUUGAGUUUGUUGAGGAAAAAAUAGGAAAUAAUCAUCUUGGAAAGAAGAAUUUAUCUUUGGCGACCGGUUGAAAGAAGUGGUGGAGAUUGAUGAUGGGGAAUCAUCAACGGUAGUUCAGCUAUUUCGCACGGGUAUCGUCUACUGUUUGAGUUUCGAUAUAUGAUAUUUCUGAUCGAAUCGGACGAUACGGUAGGAUUUUAUAAAACGUUGGUUUUGAUUGAUUCUUCACACACAU